AUGUCGACUUCAAUCCCAAAACUCGAAGCUGGAUGCGGGCGUAUAGCAUCAUUUUUACAUGGAAAUAGUGCUGUUUUAUCCGAGUUGUCUUCUACAUACCCUCUCAAACUUAUCUCUGCUCGCGUCUCAUCCAGGCCAGAUAUCUCCAUUGUGUAUAUUCUGUCAUACGGAGGUGGCCUUGUUGGAGGAGACAGGACUCAUUUAAAUGUCAAGGUCAACCACCAAAGUUCCUUGGUGUUGCUAUCUCAGGGCUCAACAAAAGUCUUUACAACUCGUCUACAACAGAAGCACAUAAACUCUCCUUUACCCCCCAUCGAGUUAAACACUGAUGCCGGGGCAACUAUUCAGAAGAUGGAUUUCACCGUUUCUUCCAAGGGCGCUUUAUACCUCCUCCCCGAUCCGGUCACCUGUUUCCGUUCUGCUUCGUACAAGCAACUCCAGACCUUCCAUCUUGCCCAAGACGCCACGCUCGUACUCCUGGACUGGAUUACCUCCGGUCGGAAAUCCCGAGGAGAGGAAUGGUCGUUUUCAAGGUAUUACAGUCUCAACGAAAUAUUUCUCGAUGGCUUCACCUCACGACCCGUGAGACUGGCCAAAGACGGGCUGCUUUUAGAAGAGGAAGGAGCCGAAACCAAUGGGCAUUCGUCAAAACGAUCGUUGGCACAAAGACUGGCGCCAUAUUCGUGCUAUGCAAACGUCGUUUUGUAUGGUCCCCAGAUUCAAGAUGUCGUUCGGGAGUUAACGGCUGCGUAUGAGAAGAUAUCUGUCAUGAAGCUCACUGCACCACCGGAUCUCCUAUGGUCUCUGAGUCCGAUAACAUGUCAUGGCGGCGGACGAGGGACUAUAGUCCGAGUGGCGGGUAAGGAGACUGAGCUGGUGAAGGAUUGGCUCAGGGAGGCAUUGAAAGGGCUCGCACAAGUUGUCGGCGUAGAUGUAUAUCGCCGCGCAUUCGCUCAGUAA